UAUGUGUGGAUAUUUUGGUUUAUUUUUGAGACUUCUCUUCAUUUGGAUUUCACAUUCUUUAGCGUUACUCGGAAAAUGUUUGGCCCUUUGUUCUUCGUGCUUAUGGCGCACAGCGCUUAUGGAGACGUGAGUUAUUCUUUUCCGGAGGAGAUGAAACGCGGAUCUGUGAUUGGAAAUAUAGCGAAGGAUCUCGGGCUCGAUGUGAACAGACUAUCAUCUCGAAAGGCUCGUAUUGAUACUGAAGGAAACAGAAAACGAUACUGUGAUAUUAAUCUGAAUACUGGAGAACUGAUCGUAGCGGAGAGGAUCGACAGAGAAAGUCUUUGUGGAAAGAAAUCUUCAUGCGUUAUAAAACAGGAGCUCGUGCUGGAAAAUCCUUUAGAGCUGCAUCGCAUCAUUCUUAAUAUUGAGGAUAUAAAUGAUAAUUCACCACAGUUUAAAGAAAAUAUAAUCAGAUUUGAAAUACGGGAAUCAGCAGACAAAGGAUCUCGUUAUUUAUUAGAUGAGGCCCAUGAUGCGGAUAUUGGUGUGAAUUCAGUGCAGUCAUAUACAUUACAAAACAAUGAACACUUUAUUCUGAGUGUCCUUACGCGGACAAAUGGAAGAAAAUAUGGAGAGCUCGUUUUGAAUAAAGAAUUGGAUCGUGAGCAGCAAAAAGAGGUGACUUUAAUUGUCUCUGCGGUUGAUGGCGGGACUCCACCGAGAUCAGGUACUGUAGCCAUACACGUCACUGUACUGGAUGCUAAUGAUAAUGCUCCAGUCUUUAGUCAGGCCGUCUAUAAAGUCAGUCUGCCUGAAAAUUCUCCUGUAGAUACUGUAGUGGUUACUGUGAGCGCUACUGAUGCUGACGAGGGACAAAAUGGAGAAGUGACAUAUGCUUUUGGGCAUUUAUCAGAACAUUUUCUUGAAAUAUUUUCUCUCGAUGCAGUUUCUGGUGAGAUUAAAUUAACAGGAUUUAUUGAUUAUGAGGAGGAGAGUUCAAUAGAACUGCCAAUUCAAGCAAAAGAUGGUCAAGGAUUAGCGAGUCAUUCAACUGUAUUAAUUGAUGUUGUUGAUGUCAAUGAUAACGCCCCUAUAAUAAUACUGAAAUCACUGAAUAGUCCAAUUCCCGAGAACGCGUCACCCGGUACUGAGGUUGGCAUCAUUAAUGUGCAGGACAGAGACUCUGAGAAUAACGGACAGGUGCGCUGCUCCAUUCAGCAAAACGUCCCAUUUAAACUCGUCCCUUCAAUCAAAAAUUACUAUUCUCUGGUGACCACAGGUGAAUUAGACCGCGAGCUGGUGUCUGAUUAUAACAUCACAAUUACUGCUACUGAUGAGGGCUCUCCACCUUUAUCUUCCACUAAGAAUAUUCACUUCACUGUAGCUGACGUGAAUGAUAACCCACCUGUAUUUGAGGAGCAGAAUUACAGAGCUAAUGUGCAAGAAAAUAACAAACCGGGCUCCUCUAUUUGUUCAGUAUCAGCUACAGACCCGGACUGGAGACAGAAUGGCACUGUAGUUUAUUCUCUGUUGCCCUCUGAUGUUAAUGGCGCACCGGUGUCCUCCUUUUUAUCCAUUAACGGAGACACCGGGGUCCUUCAUGCCGUGAGGUCGUUUGAUUACGAGCAGUUGAGAAGUUUCCAAGUGCUCGUGUUAGCCAGAGACAACGGGUCUCCUCCUCUGAGCAGUAACGUGACCGUGAGUGUCUUCAUAACGGAUGAGAAUGACAACUCCCCUCAGAUAUUAUACCCCUCUCCGGAAGGGAACUCCUUGAUGACCGAGAUGGUCCCCAAAGCUGCGCAGGCGGGCUCCCUGGUCUCCAAGGUGAUCGCCGUGGACGCGGAUUCUGGACAGAACGCGUGGCUCUCGUAUCACAUUAUUAAAGCGACUGAUCCGGGACUUUUCACUAUCGGUGUCCACAGCGGAGAGAUCAGGACGCAGCGGGACAUUUCUGAAUCUGACAGCAUGAAACAGAACCUGAUUGUCUCCGUGAGAGAUAACGGACAGUCCUCUCUCUCAGCCACGUGCGCAUUGUAUUUACUGAUAUCAGAUAACUUGGCUGAAGUUCCUGAACUGAAAGACAUGUCUCAUGACGAGAGCAGCUCCAAACUGACGUUUUAUUUGAUCAUCGCGCUGGUGUCCGUUUCCACUUUCUUCCUCACCUUCAUCAUCAUCAUCCUGGCCGUGAGGUUUUGUCGCAGGAGAAAGCCCAGACUGUUGUUUGAUGGAGCUGUAGCCAUUCCCAGCGCGUAUCUCCCUCCAAAUUACGCAGACGUGGAGGGCGCGGGAACUAUCCGCAGCACUUACAAUUAUGACGCAUAUCUGACCACGGGCUCGCGCACUAGUGACUUCAAGUCCAUCAGAUCUUAUAAUGAGGGCACGCUGACCUCUGACCUGACUCUGAAAAAGACUCCGUCCUCUGUGGAUGAUCUUGAAGGGCUUGAGGCAGAAAUUGAUGAUUCGUUUCAGAGCUGCAUCGACUUCAUUCUCAACAUUGAGGAUAUAAAUGAUAAUUCACCAGAGUUCACAGAUAGUGUUAUUAAAUUUGAAAUACGGGAAUCAGCAGUCAAAGGAUCUCGUUAUUUAUUAGAUGAGGCCCAUGAUGCGGAUAUUGGUGUGAAUUCAGUGCAGUCAUAUACAUUACAAAACAAUGAACACUUUAUUCUGAGUGUCCUUACUGGGACAAAUGGAAGAAAAUGUGGAGAGCUGGUUCUUAAUAAAGAAUUGGAUCGUGAGCAGCAAAAAGAGGUGAAUUUAAUUGUCACUGCGGUUGAUGGCGGGACUCCACCGAGAUCAGGUACUGUAGCCAUACACGUCACUGUACUGGAUGCUAAUGAUAAUGCUCCAGUCUUUAGUCAGGCCGUCUAUAAAGUCAGUCUGCCUGAAAAUUCUCCUGUAGAUACUGUAGUGGUUACUGUGAGCGCUACUGAUGCUGACGAGGGACAAAACGGAGAAGUUAUUUAUGCUUUUGGGCAUUUAUCAGAAAGCUUGCGUGAAUUAUUUUCUCUAGAUGCAGUUUCUGGUGAGAUUAAAUUAACAGCACUCAUUGAUUUUGAGGAGGAGAGUUCAAUCGAACUGCCCAUUCAAGCUAAAGAUGGUCAAGGGCUAGCAGGUCGGUCCACUGUUUUAAUAUAUGUUGUUGAUGUCAAUGAUAACGCCCCUAUAAUAAUACUUAAAUCACUGAAUAGUCCAAUUCCCGAGAACGCGUCACCCGGUACAGAGGUUGGCAUCAUUAAUGUGCAGGACAGAGACUCUGAGAAUAACGGACAGGUGCGCUGCUCCAUUCAGCAAAACGUCCCAUUUAAACUCGUCCCUUCAAUCAAAAAUUACUAUUCUCUGGUGACCACAGGUGAAUUAGACCGCGAGCUGGUGUCUGAUUAUAACAUCACAAUUACUGCUACUGAUGAGGGCUCUCCACCUUUAUCUUCCACUAAGAAUAUUCACUUCACUGUAGCGGACGUGAAUGAUAACCCACAUGUAUUUGAGGAGCAGAAUUACAGAGCUAAUGUGCAAGAAAAUAACAAACCGGGCUCCUCUAUUUGUUCAGUAUCAGCUACAGACCCGGACUGGAGACAAAAUGGCACUGUAGUUUAUUCUCUGUUGCCCUCUGAUGUCAAUGGCGCACCGGUGUCCUCCUUUUUAUCCAUUAACGGAGACACCGGGGUCCUUCAUGCCGUGAGGUCGUUUGAUUACGAGCAGUUGAGAAGUUUCAAAGUGCUCGUGUUAGCCAGAGACAACGGGUCUCCUCCUCUGAGCAGUAACGUGACCGGAACUCCUUGA